GUACUGUUGAUUUGCUGUGGCGAAGAUGUGACACGGAGAUAAACGUCUGAAGGUUAGUUGAAUAGCUACAAGGCCAAUGUAAGGCAUGCCCAAACUGCAGGAAGAACGAUAGCUGCGAAAAUUUUGCCAUGGAAUACUGUACCUUUUUAAGGUUAAUCCACAGUUGUCAAACUGACAUUGAAGGACCUGAGCUGUCUUUUUUACUGAUUAAUGGUCAACUGUUUUAAGCUAAUAUCCAAAGAUCUUAUAUUAAUCUUGCCUUGCCGAACCACCCUGACAAUCCUGACAAGGAUCUCCAAUCCGAUGCCAAAUUUCACAAACUGAGCACUGCCUGUUAUAUCAUUAUCUCUGCUCCUGAUAUUGUGAAUUAGAUAGUUAAGAGAUUUAUUUGUUACUGCCUCUUGAUGUGCUUUCAAAGAACAAAGACUGCUGUUGCCAUGGCAAGUGUAGUGCUCUCUUCAUUAGUAUACUCAGCUAUGUAACCUGUCCUUAGUCAGGCAAGGAUGAAGAAGAAAUUUACACCUAGUUGAGGCAUUGCAUAUCUACACAAGACUUGAUAUUAAAGGAAAUACAAGGAAACAGUAUUUGGCUGUUUAGGGUGUGCCAACACUACAAUAAGGCAAGGGGUACUGGACAAAGGUCCAUUUACCACAAGCCCCUCUCUAAGUCACCAUCACGGUGUUAAGAAGGAACAAAGACUUGCCAGGAAAUGGAAAUGAUCAAAAGUCACUUGAAGGCAAUUAUUUACAUGUACAAAGAGCCAGUCAUCAAAAGAAACAAAGUUAAAAUCUUGAAGGAAAGAUUUCCUGUUAAGAUAGACGCAGAUCCACAUAAGAGAAGUUAAAAGGGCAUCAGUAAGGAAACAGAAGCUCAGUAUUAGUGGAUCAAAGAAGGUAUCUGCUGACCAAACUGCCGUUACAGAUAGGUGGGCAUCAGGGAAGUCACGUGUCACACCGCACAUCUGCCUCGCUUGACUCAGCGACACAAUUGCACAAUACACCAAGAAAAGAUGCAACAAGCUGCUGCUGGGAAAAAGCCUAGUAAUCAGUCAGGUUCCAGAUCAGGUUGGGGGGAAGGCGACGACGACGGGGGGUGGAGUCAGGGACCCCCAGCUACAGGAAGUGGUUGGACAGAGCUUGAGUGUGCGGCAUCUAGUGAAAACGGGGAUGAAAUAGGUACAUGGCAUAACCCGCCAGAGUCCAGCUGGUCAGCGAACAAUAAUGAAAUAAUUGUGGAUUCUAGAGAUAAGGAAGCCUGGCCCUCCAUAGGGGAUAAUUCCGAGGAAACAUCGGAGAGUGGAGAGGCAGAUAACUGUUCUGUGAAAUCGGGGUCUGUGAUAUCUAGCUCAAGUAACCAGGGCCAAAGUCAGGAGGCUGGCCAAGGUUCAAGUGCCAUUCAUGGUCAAAGUGCUUCCAGUAUUUGGGGCGCCUCUAAUUCCAGCGGGCAAGGUUCUGACUCUAAUGUAUGGGGCAUUGGGAGUACCCCAAGCCCCUCUGCUAACAUGAACUCCAUAGGGUGGGGAAACUUGCCUGCCAGUGUAUCUGUGAACAACCAAGGACAUAAUAUGCAACCAAGUGCCAGUUCUGCUGGAAGUGAUAGUGCACAAGAAUUUACAAAUUCCAGUCCAUUUUCUGGCUGGGGUGUCAGUGCUGCUCAAGGCAGCUCCCCAAUGCCACAAUAUUCCAUGCAAAUGCCUGGUAGUGGGAACAAAGAGAAACUCCACGGGUUCUUACCAAAUGGUGGUGCUCAAAUGGACAAAUCAAAUGGCUCCGUGUUUGGUGGCGAUCAGAUCGGGUCAGUUUUGCAGGGUAUUAGUUUGAGUUCCGGAUUUUCAAAAAUCUCAACUGGUCAAGACUCUGGUCUGUCGAACAGCAGGCCCUCUGUCAGCCUCAGUUCUGGUAACGGAGGGCAAACUUUCAACAGUGCAGGCAAAAGCGGCAGUGGCAAUAAUGGAAGUCAGUGGGGAGCCCAAACCAACCCUAUUGGUUGGGCAUCUCCUAGUGCUAAUGUAAGCAGUGGCAAUGGCAAACCCAAUGCAUCAGGCUGGAGCAAUCCAAACUCCGGCACUUCCCCUAACCCUGCUGCUGGGGAGUGGGGUAGUAGUGACAAACCCAACUCUCAGUGGAGCAGUGCCAGUAGUCCCUGGGGCACGACAAGCAGCAGUGUUGGGACAGGAGGCAUUACUAGUGGGGGCAGCAUUACAACCCCAGGGGCCAGCAAUCCUAACCCACCCCCUAAACUUCCCAACACAUGGGCACAAGCUGCUGGCAAGGGACUCAACCUCAAUACAAUGACCACAACCUCCACCACGCCUAGUGUUCAAAGCUCCAACAAAAGCCAAAUAACUGCUGGUAGCUCUGCAUCUCAAACACUGCUGGACCCUCAAGAGCAGGAGAUACGACGUGCCAUAGAGAGCAAUACAGGCUGGGGUCAAACACCUGUCAGACAGGACACGAACUGGGAUGUAGAUUCAACACCCUCCCCAAUGUCCAAGCACAAAUAUGGGGCCAGUGAAAUGACUCAGCCCAGUAAUGUGUGGAACAACAACAACGGAACUGCUAUUUGGGAACCCACAAAAGAAAACAAGCCCAGCUCUUGGCAGGCCGGUGCUGCUAAUCACACAGGUGGGCCUCCGUGGGAAGGCGGUGAAAGACAUGACCCCAGUGCCUGGGGUGGUGCCCCCAGCAGCAGAACACCCAGCGACUCUUCGCCAGGGCCUUGGGCAACCAACAGUGAGAAACCUAUUGGCACUUGGGGUGGCAACACUAGCCAACCCACAGACUGGGGUAGACCAAAAACAGAGACAGGCUCCUGGGCAGGGAGCAGUGACCCACGCAGUAGAAACUCCACUUCAAGUUGGGGUGAUACCGCUGCCGGGGAUAGUACUGUGGGAUGGGACAGUCAGCCGCCGAACCGCCGAUCCGUGGAGGACAUGGGCACGACUUAUUGGGGUGAACCACAAAUGACCCACCAGAACAGACCCCCACCGACAAACUGGAACACCCCUCCUACCCCGGCAACCCCAUUAACCCCACGUCCCAAACCUGAGGAAGAAGUCUGGAGUAAACCUUCCACCAAGGGGCCACCUCCGCCCUCAGCCCCAUCCGGUUGGGGCGAUCCGAGUCCCCCAAGUACCAAAGUUGAUGAUGGAACAAGCAUCUGGGCUGCCAAUAAUCAGCAUCAGGCCCGUGCUGGUGGUUGGGGUGAUACAGGAUGGGGCAGCUCAAGUGGUGCUAAGCCAAAGAUGUCUUCUUCCAGCUGGGAAGGCGAUAACAUGACCUGGAACCCCAAUGGUGGAAGGAAGCCUGGUGAGAGCUGGACCCCAGAUGACAAUGGUGGGGACAGCCCCUGGGGGGACACAGACAUGGGAAACUGGGAGGGCUCACAAGAGACGAAUCAUUCCUGGAAUAUUGUCUCUGGCUUCAAGAAAAGACCCAGUAUUAAGGGUGCCAACUUUUCCCGUGGCCCUGGCCAACCCCCACAAAUGAGAAUCAAACUUCUGCAACAGCUGAUGGACAUGGGCUAUAAGAAAGAUGAAGCUCAACAUGCCUUGAUCAACAAUAACAUGAGUUUUGAGAAUGCUCUAGCUGAUCUGAAAGGUGGUGCUACGUUUGACCGUAAGGAUCAGGAUAUUGACGUGUUCUCAGUUGAUGGUGCCAAACCCAGGAAACUGCGGCCCGAUAUGGGCCACCCUAUUAAUGAUGACAUAUCAGAUACUCAGUUGGAUGCCAAUCCAUAUGUGCCUACAAUUUCCAUGCAAAAUACUCCAUUUCCAAAUGCUCAAAUACCAAAUCAACAGAUGUUUGCCAGUCCUAUGAAGCAGGGACCUAGUCUGAACCCGUCUAGUCUCAACGCCAGCAAUCCCAGUAUUAACUCGCUACAACAGAAAAUCAUACAGCAGAAGAUCCUCAGCCAGCUGACACCCACCCCUCCUCCCCCUCAGCCUAUGAACACAAUGAAUUCCACUCAGGGUCCAGCCAUCCGGGGACAGAUCCCUCCCCAGGCCCAAACAGUCCAGCAACAGAUGGCCCAGCAACAAAUCCUCCAGCAAUUGCGCAUGGCCGUCCAGGCUGGGCUCAUCAGUCAGCAGCUCCUCAACCAACACUUACCACCAACCAUUCUCCUCAUGCUGCAACAGCUGCUCCAGCUGCAGACCUUCCUGCAGCAGCUUGUCACCAAGCAACAGGUUAUCCAGCAGAACAAAGCCGGCAUGAACCCCGCCAUACAGAGACAGCAACUGGAACAAGUCGGACUUGCCAUAGCCAAGAUACGCCAGCAGAUGCUGCAGCUACAGCAACAAAUCGCCCAGGCCCAGCAGCAGCUUCUCAGCAAACAUCCUAGCGUUUCCGAGACACCCGACCCCAUGAUCCCUAUCCAACAGGAGAUAGGUCUCACCACAGGGGUCCCCACCCAGCCUCAGUCUCGACUGACUCAGUGGAAGCGACAAACCCCGGAUAAAGAGGUGGACGGCGUGGGUGAUGACCUCAACCUAAACAAGGCAGUGGGAUCCAAACCUCUGCAUCAAUCACAUUCCACUCCCAACUUGGGUAAAUUUGAGUCCCUAAACAUAGGCGGUGAUUCCACAUGGUCAAGCGUAUCAACAAACUCCACCACUCCCAACUGGCCGACGAUGAGUGUUAUGCCUUCGGUGCCCGGCCAACCUGAGGGAAAGGGGAUCUUAGACAAGGAAUCUCAGGCUGUUGACCCAGCCACAACCACCUCCAACUCCUCCAUGCUCAAUCUCGACAAUAUCAUCCAUGAAUUUGUUCCAGGAAAGCCUUGGCAGGGGAUGACCAAAAAUGUAGAAGAUGAUCCACAUAUCACACCUGGCAGCUUUUCCCGAUCUCUUAGCGUGAACACAAUUAAGGAUGAGUAUUUGAGCAACCUGGCUGCACUGACAAAGACCAGUCCAAAUGCAGCCACUGAUCAGCAGAUGUCCUCUCAGCUUACCUCUCAGCCUUCGUCCACAUGGUCCAAAGACUACCCAAGAUCUGCCACAGGGGCCAAUCAGAACCUCUCCUCUAGCAAGCUGUGGAACGACGCGGUCACACCCACUAGCCUCACCUCGGAGCUGUGGGGUGUCCCAUUACCCAAGAGCAGCGCUGCCCCCUCACGCCCCCCACCCGGGCUCAGUCACCAGGCCAAGUCAGGCUGGGGCUCAGGGGUACAGCGACAGCAGUCGUGGGCCGGAAGCACUGGAGGCUCGGCCUUCACCCCAGUUGGAAGCUCGUCAAGCUGGGAUUCCCGAUCGCCCAGUGUGUCCGUUUGGUUGAUGCUGCGCAACUUGACUCCUCAGAUCGAUGGAUCGACUCUUAAGACGUUGUGUCAACAGCAUGGGCCCCUCCAGUUCUUCUACCUGAAUCAUGGACAAGCUCUUGUCCGGUACUCAAAGGGCGAGGAAGCGAGCAAGGCCCAGAAGUCUCUGAACACAUGCAUUCUGGGGAACACGACGAUUCUGGCAGAGUUUGUCUCUGAUGCAGAGGUGACACGGUUCAUGCAGGAGAGCAGCGCAGUCAAUGCUUCCUCCACCCCUAGUCAAUGGUCACAGUCCUCUCAACCCAACUACCGGUCCGCUGGCCACUAUUCUAACCGCAGUGAGACCACCGUCUGGAACCACGCUGCUGCUGCUUCUGGUCCACCACCGCCGCCUGCCGCCUUCUCGUCCGGUUUCCCUGGAAACAGCACAAUGUGGGGGGGUGGGAACCUGUGGGGAGGGAGCCUGGCCCUGGAAGAGCAUAGCUCUAACCCUUUACUGGGCAAUCUUCUUGGGGGGGAAUCUAUAUAACUAUGAACCAAGGCCUGCCUUGGUGUGAUCUCGUUAAAACUAAUGCACGCGGGUUUAGCUGAAAUAGUGAUGGGGGCUCAGUAUUGUAGAAUUAUUCUAGAAUUAGACUGUUUAAAUGUUUCUAUGAUUGAUUAUAAUGAUACAUGAUUAUGCUUAAAUGUGUUGUUGAGAGUUUGGGCAGCCAUAGUCAGGACUUCCGCUUCACCAGGGCCCAAAAGAUGCAUGCAAAAUGUGGUGCUCACUGCUUCAAAGAAGUACAGCACAAAGUUUUAUUUUUCAUACUUCUUCUGAAGUAUUCAAGUCUUUCAGAAUAUUUCCUUCAUGAUCUUGUCAGGGCUCUGGUGAGUGGGCAUUGACCCAAGUCUUUAUUACCUACCGUGCUGGCUCUUGUAUUUGAGUCACCAAAGUUGCACAAGUACACAUGUACAAAAACUAUGAAAAGGGAAAAAUUUAAAAAAAAAAAAAUUGUAUGGAAGGAUUUAAAUAGAAGUCAAUUUUUUUGUCAUUAUUAUGCCAGUCAUGACUUGCACAUUCUCAAAGAAUUUGAUUACUGCUAAAGUAUAAUAUAUCUAUAUAUAUAUUGUAUUUGCUAUAAAAUAAUAGUGCAAAAAGAGGGAAAUCUCGUUCUGUGACAAAGAUAGGGUGUGUAAUUUACGUUUUGUUACACUUGUUCCAGUGUAGGCUAUAUAGCCUGGACCCUUCUCCUGUGAUAUCCCGCCAUUGUAUGUACUUGUGGUCCUCUUUGGUAAGAAACGGAUGAUAAUGAUAUGGAAUUAUUUAAUGGUAGUGCUAUACCAGAGUUUAUCACAACCACAAAGGUGUUACAAAUAUAUCACAAGUUAACAAAACUUUUUUGGUGUGCAGUCCAGUUGUAUAAAGCUGGCCUGCCAGUGUUUUGCCAUCUUCCCACAACUCAGCAAUAGUACUAUUCUGUCCAUGUAGUUUAGGUGGACCAUAUUAUAUUCCCAGUGCCUAUAUCAGCUUGCCAUGACAAAGGGACUGUGACAGCACUUGGCCAUUCUGGGAGCUCUUAUUGUAUUACUGUGUAAGGUUGUAUAUUCACAAGAUCUAUGAAGAAAAUAAAACUCAAAAGGAAAAAAAUUCAUAAAACAGAAAAAAAAAAAAAUAUAAAAACUUGUUUAAAAAAUGCAAAAAAAAAAAAUCACAAAGCCUUCUAAAAAAACAGAAAAAAAAGAGAAAACAGCGAAGUGUCUGUAUGGGCUCAGACAUGUCCCUUGUGAUCAUUAAUUUUAAUCCAAAGAGCAGCUACCCUCUUCGUGAUCUGUAGGAAUCCAGACUUGAACUGUAUUCUGAUGGUGCCAGGUUAUAUUAAGGAUCUAAGCUUUAUCAGGAACCAACCACCUGUGAAACUGUGCUCAGCUGACAAAGACGAGAUUUGCAAUGCAUUUUGUUCUCCCCCACUUUGAUAAUGAUAAUAUAUAUUAUAUUGAGAUUCCCAUUGCUGAUAAAACAAAUCGUAGAUGACUCAUUGUUGCGUCUAAUUGGCAUACUACCACAACUACUAUUCGAUAUGUAGUUUACAAAUUGUUUUUAUUGAUACCUGUGCAUCUCUGUUAUUAUAAAUGUAUUGUUGGAAUGGAAGCAUUCCUCUGGCAGUCUAUGCAUUGUCUCCGAGUGACUCCAAUCAUAUUAAAAGCACAAGAGUUCUUAACUUACUUGACUGACAUGCCAGCCCCAUGGGGGUUAGUGCUGUGGGGGGUUGGGGCAAAGGGGAGGGGUCAGUCGGACUGCCGCGGGUGUAUGUGUUAAGUGUUAUUCAGGCUCGUUCAUUGCCAAAGUCGUUCAACGUUGUAGCCUGUCCAUCAUAAUGACAAUCAUACUUGUGCUUGGUUACUGCUGGUCUAAGUGGUGUUGGUGACAGCAUACAUACAUUCGUCCUACCACUAUUGCUUUAACUCGUCUCCGUAUUUGUUCUCUUGAAUGUAUUGAUCAUAUCCAAUUCGUACUUAAUUUUGAUCAGUUUCAAAUUCCAGUAUGAAAUCAGGCUACGUGCUAUUUAUUGAUUUUUGAUUUUUUUUUCAUUUCCUAUGUCAAUUUUUUUUUUCCAUGUGUCUUUUUUUUUUCUCUGUUUUGAAGUUUAUUGAAGGCUUUUUGUGGCAUGACAACAAGUAUCUAUAGUCUAGGGCAUGAACCAGGGGAGUGAACUGAUCUUAAAUUGUCAAAUCUUGAACUAUUGCAUCUUAUCUUUGUGGCCUCUUACCUGGCGAGAUUGAGAGUUGUGUUUAUCUCGGAUGGUUUUAAGUGCAGCAGUAAGCAGCAAUCAAUUCAGGUAUUGCUAUUGAGAGUGAUAUUUUAUUUUGUAAUUUUUAUUGAUGACCAUUUACUUAACUUCCAGCUAAGUAACCAGCUUUGAAAGUGCAGAAAAUGUAGAUCAAAAGUUUACCUCUCCAGACAGCAUUUCCAAUGUGUAGUGAUACAGUAUUUUGUAUGCUUUUGUCUGUAUUUUGUUUUUCAAUCUUGAAUUUCCUGUCGAGAGGAUAUAACUGUGUAAAUUAGAUCUUUCAAUAAAGUGAUGAUAUCAUA